GCUCACAGACACAUGAAAAUCUUCAAUACUCUCAACAACUCCAGCACCAUCACUGGCUUCAUCCUCCUGGGAUUUCCUUGCCCCAGGGAGGGCCAGAUCCUCCUCUUUGUGCUCUUCUCUGUUGUCUACCUCCUGACUCUCAUGGGGAAUGGUUCUAUCAUCUGUGCUGUUCGCUGGGAUCAGAGACUCCACACCCCCAUGUAUAUCCUACUCGCCAACUUCUCCUUCCUAGAGAUCUGGUAUGUCACCUCUACGGUCCCCAACAUGUUGGCAAACUUUCUCUCUGAGACAAAAGUCAUCUCCUUCUCUGGGUGCUUUCUGCAGUUCUAUUUCUUCUUUUCCUUGGGUUCUACAGAAUGCUUUUUCUUGGCAGUUAUGGCAUUUGAUAGAUACCUGGCAAUCUGCCGCCCUCUACACUACCCAACCAUUAUGACUGGACGUCUCUGCACCAAUCUUGUGGUCAAUUGCUGGGUGUUUGGUUUCCUCUGGUUUCUUAUUCCUAUUGUCAUCAUUUCCCAGAUGUCCUUCUGUGGAUCUGGGGUUAUUGAUCACUUCCUAUGCGACCCAGGUCCUCUGUUAGCCCUGACCUGUACCAGAGUUCCUGCAAUAGAGCUGACUAGCUCUACCUUAAGUUCUCUACUUUUAUUUAUUCCUUUUUUCUUUAUCAUGGGAUCCUACACAUUGGUCCUGAGAGCUGUACUGAGAGUCCCAUCAGCAGCUGGAAGAAGAAAAGCUUUCUCCACCUGUGGAUCCCAUCUGGCUGUGGUUUCACUUUUCUAUGGCUCAGUGAUGGUUAUGUAUGUGAGUCCAACAUCCGAGCAUGAAGCCGGAAUGCAGAAGAUUGUGACGUUAUUUUACUCUGUUGUGACACCACUCAUUAACCCUGUGAUAUAUAGUUUAAGGAAUAAAGAUAUGAAGCAUGCAAUGAAUAAAUUACUGGGGAUACAAAAAUAA